AUGCUGCUGAUGGCAUACAUGAUAUUUCUUUUACUCCUGGCUGUGAGAGGAGGAAAGCCCAUGUGUCAGAAAUAUUGGACAAAAGAAAUGUCUCAGUUUUUUAAGGAGGGAGAUAUCAACAUUGGAGGCAUUUUCUCCUUCCACCAGAACCCAGUGUCUGUCAAUCCAGCUUUUGGAUUCAACCCAGGAGCAAUCCAGUGUCAAAGACUGGACCCCGGCGAACUAAAAUAUGCAUUUACUAUGAUGUUUGCAAUAGAAGAAAUCAACAACAGCUCAGAGCUGUUACCAGAUGUGACACUCGGUUAUCGGAUCUUUGACUCAUGCCCUAGUAUCCCUCUGUCCAUCAGGGCAUCAUUAAACCUGAUGAACAGCUAUGAAACUGGGGAAAGCAGCUGUAACGAGCUCUCCAGUGUGCAUGCCGUCAUAGGGGACACCACUUCCACAUCUACGAUAGGUAUCGCACGUACAUUGGGACCCUUCCAUAUACCUGUGAUCAGUCAUUCAGCCACAUGUGCAUGUCUUAGCAACAGAAAAGACUAUCCGUCUUUCUUCAGAACCAUACCUAAUGACAUUUAUCAGAGCAAAGCAUUAGCAAAGCUUGUAAAACACUUUGGCUGGACUUGGGUAGGAGCUAUCAGGACUAAUAGUGACUACGGAAAUGGAGGAAUGGCCACGUUCUUGGAAGCGGCAGAAAGGGAAGGGGUGUGUGUUGAAUACUCAGUGGCCAUUUACCGGACUGAUCCCAGGAAGUGGUUCCUCGAGGUAGUGGAUAUUAUAAAGAAAUCCACCUCUAAGAUAAUAGUUGCAUUCGCUGAUGGCACAGACCUUGACAUACUUCUCAAAGAGCUUCAUGCUCAGAAUGUAACAGGUCUGCAGUGGGUUGGAAGUGAAGGCUGGAUUACAUAUCGUUAUAUUGCCACUCCAGUAAACUUUGCUGUGGUCCAGGGUGCAGUGGGUUUCGCUGCACUGAAUGCUCACAUACCUGGACUGCAGGAGUUUUUGGGUAACAGCAAGCCCUCCACAACACAAGGGAACCAAGGACUUGUUGAGUUGUGGGAAACAGUUUUCAGCUGCUCCUUGAAUCACCAACCAGAUAUUCAUGUUCCAGUCUGCAAUGGGAUGGAGACUCUGUGGGAUGUAGAGACAUCAUUCACUGAUGUUUCGGAUGCCAGCCUACUACACAAUGUUUAUAAGGCCACAUAUGCAAUUGCUCAUGCUCUGAACAUGAUAUUUAAUUGCGAAGAGGGACAAGGGCCUUUAGAGAACAAUACUUGUCCUGACCAGAAAAAUGUACAACCAUGGCAGGUGCUACACUACCUAAAACGGGUGAAUUUCACGACUAAGACUGGUGAAAAUGUGUUCUUUGAUGAGUUAGGUGAUCCAGUUGCACGUUAUGCAUUGGUAAACUGGCAGGUGGAUGAGACAGGGUACAUUCGGUUUGAAACCAUUGGUUACUAUGAUGCCUCUCAGCCUGAGGGUCAGCAAUUUGACAUGGAAGCAGGUGUAAAAGCCACCUGGGCAGGAGAGAGUUCUGAGGUGCCAAAGUCUAUUUGUAGCGAGAGCUGUCUGCCAGGGACUCGUCGGGCUUUCAUUAAGGGCAGACCGAUUUGUUGUUUCGAUUGCAUCACCUGUGCUGAUGGGGAGUUCAGCAACAGUACAAAUGCAGUGAAAUGUGACAAAUGCCCUCCUGAGUACAAGUCCAAUGAAGAGAGGAAUAAUUGUGGCAUGAAAGCUAUUGAGUUCCUCACCUUCACGGAAUUAAUGGGAAUAUUACUGGUCACCUUCUCUGUCUUUGGUGCAUGCCUUGCAAUGAGUGUAGCCCUCAUAUUUUUCUGUCACAGAAAAACUCCUAUUGUCAGGGCCAACAACUCUGAGUUAAGUUUUCUGAUGCUUUUCUCCUUGAGUUUAUGUUUCCUGUCCUCUAUGACCUUCAUCAGCAAACCCACUGAGUGGUCCUGUAUGCUGCGACACACUGCUUUUGGCAUCAUCUUUGUCCUCUGUAUGUCCUGUGUCCUGGGGAGAACUAUAGUGGUUUUAAUUGCCUUUAGGGCUACAGGUCCAGGUAGCAAUGUCAAAAAAUGGUUUGGGCCUGCACAGCAGAGAGUCAGUGUUGUAGUUUUCACUGUCAUACAAAUUGUAAUUUGCACACUUUGGCUAGCAAUAAAUCCUCCCUAUCCCUACAAAAAUACAACAUAUUACAAAGACAAAAUUAUUCUUGAGUGUUCCCUUGGAUCACCCAUAGGGUUCUGGGCUGUGUUAGGAUACAUAGGGCUCUUAGCUAUGUUGUGUUUUGGCCUUGCCCUUUUGGCCAGAAAACUGCCCGAUAAUUUCAAUGAAGCUAAGUUCAUCACAUUUAGCAUGUUGAUAUUCUGUGCAGUCUGGAUCACUUUUAUUCCAGCCUAUGUUAGCUCUCCUGGGAAGUUCACUGUUGCUGUAGAAAUAUUUGCUAUUCUGGCCUCAAGUUAUGGAAUGCUGUGUUGUAUUUUUUUGCCCAAAUGCUAUGUUAUUUUAGUAAGACCCGAAUACAAUACAAAAAAACAUGUGAUGGGAAAAAUCCCAGCAAAAGGUCUUUGA